AUGUCGAGCGCCAGACUUCAGACUUUUCGGAGCCUUAUAACUGAACGCUUUACCUCCGUGGCUGUGGAGAUAUUCGGUGAAGUUGAAAGUAUCGUUGAGGCGUGUUAUGAAGAGAACAAACGUCUGCGGAGCAUCCUGGACAUGGUGCUCAGCCCCGAGAUAAAGUUAUCCAGGAUAGACAUUACUCCACACUCUGGGACAACCACAGAUGUCAUAGAGCAUCCCCCUGAGCCAGACACCUUGUUGGAUGUUGAAAUAUCAGAGCCGUUGAGUAAAAAACCUAAAGAAGAGCAAAUUGAAUGUGAAGUAAGUUGGUUAUCAAAACAAGAGCAAGAAGACUUUGAGGCUUACAACUAUGUUACACCAGACUGUGUGAAAAAUGAAGAAGACGUAAGCAUGCCCUGUAUCGCUGCUUCAUACCAAGUUGAAGUGGUGGAGUGCGCCUUCAACUCUUCAACCACCAUCUCAGCUGAUGAAGGCAGCCCCAAACAUGAUUACAGUUCCCCAUCGGAGUCAGAAGAAGCCGCAGAUUGUCCACAGCUAUUCAAGAAUGUAGAACACUCGAGUGACACAGAAGAACGGCAAAAAUGUCAUGAAGCCUCAAAGAAAAGCAGGUCAGAGCAAUCCAAGCAGAAGACCAUGCUAGAAUUACCAAGGAUGACUCCCUGCACAUCUUUAAUUGCUGAUCCAACUGACUGCCAGUCCGUUUUGGCAAGGCUCACUGACACUUUUAAAGACGCUCCUGUUGACAAGAAGCCUCUGAUGACCAUAGCAGGCCUCACAGCGGAUGUAGAAUUGGUGGACUGUGCUUUUGGUAAACUCCCUAAAGGUUGCCCCUUGUCCUACCAGUGCCCCAUGCCAUCACGUCAGGAUUACAAGCCACAUAAUGACGCUCCCCCUAGGCCGCUGCUUCCCCUGUCUUCUCACACUCUGGAGCUGCGGUCUCCCCUUCCUACCCUCAGUAUUAAGGAGCAGGAAGCUUUAAUUGCCAUGCAGAUCACCUGGGAAGAAGCAUCCAAUCUGGAAUACUCCACGCGUGGGUGCAAGGACUCUGUAGAGGAGCUGCGUAAGUUGCGCUUGACCAGCCGUUUCAGGGAUAUCUGCAAGCUCAGACCGGGACGAAGCCAUGCAGAGCACCUGAUAUUCAAGCUCAAGAAGGGAUUCCUCAAAUGCAAGACUACACAGAUGGAGGAGGAAAGGAAGACUGAAGCUCUACGAGAGUACUGUCGGCAUAUGUGUGUCAACUGGUCCCCCUGUGGUUUUGUUGUCCAUCCCAAUGCCCCGUGGUUGGGGGCAAUGCCUGAUGGGUUAGUGUACGACCCCAAUGAGAGGAGCUGCUUUGGGCUGGUGCAUGUCAAAUGCAUCAGCUUGAGGAGCUUCGUUGAAUGCAGUUUCCUGACCUGUCGUGACGGAGUCUUGCAGCUGAAGAAGAGCCACCGGUACUACUGGUGCAUCCAGGGAGAGAUGAUGGUGACGGGAAUAUCGUGGUGUGAUCUGUUUGUGUGCUCCAACCAAGACAUGCUGGUUCAACGCAUCUACCGCGACAAAGCCAGCAUGAGGAUCUUGAAGAAGAAGCUGGAUGAAUUCUUUUUCUAUUACUACUUGCCAAGUCUAAUUUAGUGAGUGGCUUCAUCACACUGCUGUCUAAGAAGCAGACUUUCAGCAAGAAGCUACAAAAGUACUGGACUGAGCACAAAGAAACUUUACAAAGAUUAUCUCUUUAGCCUCUGAAGACAGGCAUGUGUUUACCAUUUUAUAUACCUCAACACGUGAAAACACGAAGUCACAGCCUGGUGGCUAAAGCAACCGGAGCUAGUGGAGAAACACCCCGACAGUACAUAGUUCUGCUUGCUUGGUUGCCUUAGCAGACUGCAAAUGACUUUAAAGUUAUCUUUUCUAAUUGCUGUUGCACAACUGGCCUUAUUAAGUAUGUCCUUUUCUUAUUACUGUUAUCUAGUCAAGAGAAAGCUUGUUUUUUGUUACAUUUUGCCAUUUAAUAAAUUCCUGAAGCAAUUCCAAAUUUAA